AUGGCUGACCGAGGCGGUGCCCGCGGAGGCGGUUUUGGUUCUCGAGGUGACCGAGGCGGCGAUCGUGGCCGUGGUCGUGGCAGAGGUCGAGGCCGUCGCGGUGGUGCGAAGGAUAGCGAGAAGGAAUGGAUGCCUGUCACUAAGUUGGGACGUCUUGUGAAGGCUGGCAAGAUCAAGAACAUGGAGGAGAUCUAUUUACACUCUCUCCCUAUCAAGGAGUAUCAGAUCGUCGACUUCUUCCUGCCAAAGCUCAAGGAUGAGGUUAUGAAGAUCAAGCCCGUACAGAAGCAGACCCGUGCCGGUCAGCGAACCCGAUUCAAGGCUAUUGUCAUCAUUGGUGACUCCGAGGGUCACGUUGGUCUUGGUAUCAAGACUUCCAAGGAAGUCGCUACUGCUAUCCGUGCUGCGAUCAUCAUCGCCAAGCUCAGCGUCAUCCCCGUCCGACGUGGUUACUGGGGUACCAACCUUGGUCUUCCUCACUCUCUGCCCGUCAAGGAGAGUGGAAAGUGCGGUUCCGUCACUGUCCGACUUAUCCCCGCCCCUCGUGGUACCCAGAUCGUCGCAUCCCCUGCUGUCAAGCGUCUCCUACAGCUUGCCGGUAUCGAGGACGCCUACACCUCGUCGUCUGGUUCCACCAAGACCCUUGAGAACACCCUGAAGGCCACAUUCGCCGCUAUCUCCAACUCGUACGGAUUCUUAACGCCCAACCUGUGGACCGAGACGAAGUUGAUCAGAAGCCCGCUGGAGGAGUAUGCGGAUACUCUCCGAGAAGGAAAGCGAUACUAA